UUUUCAUUGAGAGACGGAAAAUAUCCUUGCUUCUGCCUUCUAUGAUCUGUAAAAUCAGGAUAAACAGGGAAAAUAUAUUUCGAGCUACGGCUAAAAUUCAUACUGUUUUCUCGGUUUUCUCUCAGUUUAUUAUAGUAACACAACUAACACAUAAAUAGCGAAGUAAUAAUUACAGUCUGAAAGUGGUCUAAAACGAUGGAUACCUGCCGCACCUGCUUAUCGCAACGUAAAAGAAUGUUUUCUAUAUUUGAACCGGCGAAAUCUAAGAGAAUUCCAAAAUAUGCAGACAUGAUACACUCACUAACUAGCUUGAAGGCAGCAGAAAAUGAUGGCAAGCCGAGCAAAAUAUGCAGUGGAUGUUGCAAGCAUCUAGAAGAGGCUUAUAACUUCAAGUUGCUUGUUGAAAGAUCAGAUGCCACAUUAACAGAUUCAUCACUGAAAAGAAUUAGUUUUAACAAUAUCAAUGACAUCAAACUAGAAAUACAUGUAUGUAAAGAAGAAAAAGUUGAUGAACCACCUACAGAUCUUCAGCUUAAUUUUGAAAGUUCAAAUGAGAUCUUUUAUAAUGAUACCAAAAUUAAAAAGAUAGAUGUAUGCAAGGUGGAACAAAAAAAAGAAAUUACUAUUUUGGAAUUUCUAAACAAUUUCAAAGAAGAUGAUGAUGACAAUAUGGACACUGAGUGCUAUGAUGAUGCUUAUGGUCCAGCAUCAGACGGAGAUGAAGAGUAUUUGCCUCCUGCCCUGAAGGAAAAGACGACAAAACAUUAUAGCAAACAUAAGAAAACAAAAGAUAAGAGCUUAAAUAAAAACAUAAUGAAAAACAAGGAAAAUGAAAAUUUAAAUAAGGAACAUGUAAUUAUAAAACCAAUAAAACCUAUAUACAUGACUGAGUUGAAGUGUGUGCCAACAAAAAAGGAAAAGAAGGAAAAAAAUAAAAGCAAAGUUUACAAGAAGCAGACUGAGAAACCACUGAUUUGUCCUUAUUGUGGGAAGAUUACUAAGGCUUUGAAAACUCACCUACUUACUCAUACUGGUGAAAAGAAGUUCAAAUGUGACAAAUGCCCUAAAAGCUUCUACACGGCGGGCAAUCUGAAGCACCACCAGAAGUCGCACGCCGGCGUCCGGCCGUUCAAGUGUGAACUGUGCGUGUCCGCUUUCUACCAUGCUGCCUCUCUGAAAAGUCACAUGCGAUCACAUACAGAGGAAAGAAGCUUCAUAUGCGAUAUAUGCAAAAAAGGAUUUAAGAGAAAGUCGGCUCUAGGCCGGCACGUGAAGAUGCACAGUCUGUGGGCGCGGCGGCUGCAGUGCGCGCGCUGCCCCAUGGCCUUCCUCAGCGGCUCCUCGCUGCGCCACCACCUGCGCACGCACACCGGCGAGAGGCCCUACAACUGUGAGCUCUGCUCGCAGCCGUACAGCUACCGGCGCGACUUCACGCGGCACUGCUACAAGAGGCACGGCGUGUUCCUCAAGCGACGCCCCGUCGCCGUCAUGAACCAGCACGUGUUGCAGAGAGAACUAGAAAUCACUAAAGAACUGAUCCGACGCGCCAACGGUAUCAUCACGGAAGGAGAGCCUUUAACCCCAUACGUGGGUGAAGAGGGGUCUCAGACCGCCAAGGCCUUCCAAAUGGCCAUCGAAGAGUUGCAGACCAAAGGAGACAACAUUAAGUUUUAGAUGAGAUGGUUGAGCAUUUUAUGUUGUGAUAGCGAAUCGUGUGAGGUUUGUUAAUGAUUUGUUAUUUAUUUUUAUGAUUAAAAAAACUGAUUUCAAGUCUUA